UGGUUGUUGGAAGGCUGUUAUUUGAGAAACAUGGCUGAAAUGUCCGGAAGAAUCAUUGAAGCACAAGAUAGUGAUGUCAGUCAAGAACUGGAGGGUCAGACGUCUGCAGCACCCACAGUGAAUCGCAGAUAUGUAUUGCCAAGUGGAAGAAUCAUGCCGAACACAAUUUUUGUUGGUGGAAUUGAUUUUGAGAUGGGUGAGGAUGAAAUGCGAGGUUUCUUCACAAGGUAUGGUGCAGUGAAGCAAGUUAAAAUAAUCAGCGAUGGAGGUGGUGUUUCCAGAGGAUAUGGCUUUGUCUCAUUUCACAAUGAUGUGGAUAUACAGAAGAUUAUUUCUGAAUCACAGAUCAGCUUCAAAGGGAAGAAAUUGAAGAUAGGACCUGCAAUCAGGAAGCAGCAAGAUUCAUAUCCAAUUCAUUUGGUUCAGGCAAGACCAGCUCCUUUAAUAACGUCUCCAACUCCUUGUGUGUGCCAAAAUACAGACACAUAUUUUCAAUCGCCUGGAUUUCCUGGGUCAGCUCUUCAGUAUGUGCAAACUUAUUCAUAUCCGAGUCCUCCUGCUGUGGCAUUACCACAAGUACAAGUGGGAUAUCCACAUCCUGCAUAUAAUUAUCAGGCAACAACACAGUGGCCACCAGGAGGUCAGUGGAGAUGGAUGAUGCCUCAGGUGAUGCCUACUGCAGGGACGUAUGUAAACACCCCAUACCCUGAAAUGAUUAACCCAGGAACUGUGUUUGUGCAGCGGGAAUGUGAUGCACAGCAGACUCCAUCUUCACCUCUAGAUACAGUUGAAAAGGAGAAAAGAGUGCACAGAUUUACAGUUUAGAAGUAGUAGUCCAGCAGCAUCUGAAGUGAAGUAACUGGUCCUGUU